UGUUUUUCUCAGACUGAGGUGUUGCAGCGAUCUGACAUGACCAGCUUCCUGUACUGCCUCACUUCCUCCUUACAUGUUCAGCCCUCACUCUCAAGGGUUUCUCUGCACUUUCCAAGGAAGGACAGAUGCCGUUGGGGAUGUUCAGGCUGUUUGGAAGGAGCAGAUAGUCUUGUCUUGAUUCCUCACAAUGGCUGUUUUCUUCCUCAAGCUGUCCAGUAUCACCUGUGCAGUGCUGAGCCUCCACAGGUUUGUGUUGUCUUCUGCUACCGAGGUGAAAGUGAUCCAGUCUGAGCUGAAGCUGUGUGGGGAAAACCAGCGAGUGUGUGUGACUGAGCCCACAGACUGUGAUCCUCCAUCACCUUCAUCAGUGCAGAGGGAUCUGAACAUGUGGUGCUCCUACCACCAGUCUGAGUCUGGAGACUCCUCCAUGACCUGCGGCUGGAGUCUGGAUUCAGAGUCUGCGGCAUCCCUGAUCUUCACCAGUGAAGACCAAGUCUUCUCUUGUCCCGGCAUCUUUAACUUGGCAGCCACCUUCAACGUGAGCGCCAGGAUCCGAGGCCUGAAGACGGGGGCCGAGACGUGGUCUGAGCCUCGCACUGUGACUCUCUAUCAGGCAGUCCAGCCCCCCCGACCCUCACUGACCCCACUGUCUGAGGAUUCGCUGCUGGUGUCGUGGAGAAGCAGCGCUGACGGCAGCUGCAGGCUUCGCCACAGACUCAACCACACCCACGUCUGGACUCAGGCACCAGGUUCUGUUCCUGUGAGUGCCGAUCAGAAUGCGAGCUACGUCAUGAAAGGCCUCCUGCCCUUCACCGUCUACAGCGCCGCCGUGUCCUGCAGGACCACAUCCGGCGGCGUCUGGACUGUCUGGAGCGCCGACGCCAGCGAAAGAACCCGGGACAGAGCGCCGUCCAGCGCUCCUGAGGUCUGCUACAGAGUGGAGGGAACACACCCUGAUGGAUCACUCCUCCUCCGUCUCCUGUGGAAGCCUCUGGACUCACUUGAAGCGGGGUUCCGCGUUCUCGGCUACACGGUGCGCUACAGUCCAGGCGGACUGACUCACAACGUCACUGGAGAAACGGCGGUCUUGACAGUGAAAGAGCACAACGGGAGUGCGACUGUAGCGGCCUUCAACACGGCCGGCUCUGGACCUGCCACACGUGUCCAGAUUGACCCCCAGGGACACAGCGUUCUCCCCGCCGUCAGACACUUGUGGAUUUCCAGCCUUCGCCCGGGCGACGAAGCCCUUCGUGUCCAGUGGAGAUGCCCUGAAGGCCUGCCGUCUGCCCCUCCUCUCGGCCAUUACGCCGUCCUGUGGCGACUUGAGAGUGAAGCGGUCAGCCGCUGGUCUGCAGUCAGCAGCUUCGACACGUCCGCCGUCAUUCGAGAUGUUGAUCCUAAAAAGCCCUACCUGGUCUCGGUGUUCCCCGUCUACAAGCAGCAGUGUGGACCUGCUCAGUCUCUGCCUGCCAGUGUGCAGCGAGGAGCUCUGGUGGAGGCUGCCGGUUUGAAGGUUGUGAGCUUCAAUAAGACGAGCGUGACGGUCAUGUGGGCGUGGCAACAGAAGCGUGGACCGAUGAGAGUGGAGAGCUACAGAGCCAUGCUGAAGGGAGACCGCCACACCCAGACUCGCUCCAUCUGGCCCGAUCAGAACCGGCUGACCUUCUCCAACCUCACGCCCAGCACCGAGUACUCCCUGCACCUGCUGGCUGACGACUCCUCCACACACAUCGUCCAGCAGAAAACACACUUUGAUGAGAAGCUGCUGGUGACUCCAGUGUGUGUCCUCCUGCUGCUCCUGUCUCUGCUCAUCGUCUCCGUCCUGUCCAGGACUGUGUACAAGUCGUACUGCUUCCCGCCCGUCUCCGACCCUCGGGACAGCACGUCGUGCCGCUGGCCGGAGGACCCCGGCUCUCAGCAGAAGCUGACCGAGAGGAAGAUCCUGGACCUCAGGGGCUUCCAGGUGACUGGGAGCCUCAUCGUGGUGAGUCCCAGCUCCCGUCUGCUGGAGGACCCGGCGCUGACCGCCAGCCGCCCGGGACACAAACCGGACCCCCACUGGGCCCAGACCCCCGGGGAGGGCCGGGUAGAGCCGGCCCAUCUGCCCGCUGGGUACCAGGUGAUCUGCAGCUCCGACUAUCUGAUGAGCUCCGUCCUCCUGGGAGGACAGACGGACGGCUCGGACCUGGUCUGUGAGGCCGACUACAGGAACCCAGAGCAGAGCGACCGACCAGACGUCCACUGAAGACCAGACUGUCUGUCCGGAGCCGCGGCGCUCAAACUCUGUCCAGUGUCAGAACAGACUGCAGUAAUUCCAGUUACUCACAAAGACUUCCUUUUUGGAGACUUUAAAAAAAUAUAUUUUUCUGCUCAGAAGCAUCUUUGUUUUUGGAUCUGUUCUCCUUCUUGGAGACAUUUAUCUUUGGAAACUCAGUGGUAGUGGAGGAUUUUCUGUGGUCCUGUAGCAGCUUUGUGGCUCCAUAUCUUUAUACAUGUCGCUUUAUGAUUAAAAAAUUA